AUGGGCUUCUUGUACCAUAGAUACUCCUGUAGAUGUAUUUAUCAGCACAAAAUCACACGAAUUCAUACGUUUUAUUUUAAUAAACGUCAUUAUUCCAUUAAUGAAACACAGACUGAUCAAUAUGAUUCAGAAUCUCAAAUUUCAGAUGAUUCAAACAGGUUUUUUGAUUCUUUUUCUUCAUUUAACCCGUCAAAUAGGAUUACAAUUGCAAUAUCCCCUUUAUAUGAUUCAAAAGCGGAUAGAAGAGCGACUUGUUUCAUGAAACCUGCUGCAUAUGGCCUCAAUGUCACCUAUCAUUCAUCUAAUGGUUUAAUUAAUGAUUUAGAGAAUAGAAAUAAUGAAGAUAACUUCCAUUUUAUAUAUUCAAAAUAUCUAGACAAUAAAUUUAAUGAUAUACUGAGACUAGAUAAUGUACUUUGGGUUUCUCAUGGGUGUAAGGGUUUGUUAAAUUCUUUAUACAAUUUGGGUUUGAAUAGACCCAAAAUAUCGCAACUGUUUGAUACACUAACAAUUUCAAAUCUAGUACAGCUUGUGCAAAGAGAAACUUGUCUUCAAAAAACAUUCAUUGAAGCGCGCAGAAACCUCAGGAGAUUAAUAUCGACAGAUAAUUCCAUGCAUAUAUCUGCAGAUGAUAAACUUUUUCUAGAUUAUGAGUUACCUCCUGAAAUUGAUGAUUUAUUUUUGGGUCGAUUCGGUCGUUAUGGAUGGGGCCAUUACCAUUAUACCAAAAAGGAGGGAGUUACAUAUGAGCCACUCAAUGAAUUAAAGCGACAGCAAUUGCAACAAGAAGAUAAGCUGCCAAAUGUUUCCAAAAAACGCAAAUUUAACAUGCUAACCUAUGCAGAUAUAAGAUUGUUUACAGAAAAACGCACCAAUGCAACUUACUUUUUGUAUAAGCUGUUACAUAAAAAAUUGGAGCUGCUACCCAAUAGUAAAAACAUUUGGGAAAAAUUAGAAAGACCUUUACUAAAAAUAUUCUCCCAGAUGGAACGCCGUGGCGUCUUUAUUGACUCUGAAAAAGUUAAAAUUUUGCAAGAUGGAUUGCCGAAUCCAGAUGAUAUUGCAAACGAAAUAUUUAAUAUCACUGGUUAUAAACUAAAUCUAAAGUCAUCGAAACAAGUUGCUAAUAUGAUUUAUGACAUUUUAAUGUUUCCAUGUCCAUAUAAAACCCAUGAAUUGGAAAUGAACGAAUCCAAAUUUAGGUCAACUAGCAAUACAACUUUAAAUAUGAUAAUUAAAGACAUUACCGACCGAAAUGUAAUUGAUAGACUGGGAAAUAUAGAAGUUCUUAAGAAACUGAUAGAAUAUAGGAAAGCGGUUAAAGCACACAGGGUUUAUGCUGAAUCUCUUCCUUCAUAUAAAUCCAAUGAAACUGAUCGUGUUCAUUGUACCUUUAAUCAAACAGGCACUGUCACAGGAAGAAUUUCUUGCAGCAAUCCAAAUUUGCAGAAUAUACACAAAAAUUUCAAGAAAAUAAUAAACGCAAAACAUAUUCCAUCAAAUGAUACAUAUCAAAUUGUCACCUUUGAUUACAACAAAAUGGAGUUAUUCAUUCUGGCAUAUUUGUCCCUUGAUUCAAUAUUGCUAAGUUCUGUGCAAUCGCAUGAUGUAUUUAUUGCAACUGCGGCGCUUAUUUUUGAGAUCAACGAGAAUGAAGUUACGCCACACCAAAGACAGAUAGCCAAGACAAUUACGUAUGGUAUAAUCUAUGGUCAAUCCAAACUGGGAUUGAGUAGAACAUUGCAAGUGGAUGUUGCAUAUGCCGGUGAUUUAAUUAACAAAUUCUUCAGUACCUACCCACGAGUUCUGGAUUUUAUGACUUUACAAAAAACAUUAGUACGGCGUUAUGGGGAAUCGCAAACUUUGGCUGGAAGGUUACGAAUAGUGCCAACAAGCACUGUUAAUAAGAAUAGUGUCGCAAUGAACACUCCUAUUCAAGGUUGUGCAGCUGAUGUAAUGAAGUUUGCAAUUCAACUUGUCGAACAAUCACUUGUAACGCAAAAUGUACCAAUUGAUGCAUCAUUGGUACUACAAGUGCACGAUGAGCUCGUGUAUGAGUGUAAUGUGCAUGAUAUACCCAGAUUGGUUUCAAUUGUGAAGCCUACAAUGGAAACCAGUUUUUACCACCUAAUAAAGGGGUUACAACUGGAAGAGAGAUACAUGCAUACUUUACGACAAUUUGUGGAGUGCGAGCUGACUUUUGAUGAGAUUGCAAAGAUGGUUAACAACUUUCGAAUCCCUGUCUCCCACAAAGCGGGUAUGGAUUAUUUGUGA